GCCACGCCAGGAAACGGCGGCGAGGCCAACGAUGCUUGCUGUCGCGGCUAGCUGGGCGGCGCCGGUCGGCCGAGAUGGCAGUCGCCGGCCACGCGCCAGCUAGUUUUUCAGUCCGUCCGACCCGAGGUCGGUCGCUCCUUGAUUCGCACGGUCAAUGCGAUCAAUUAGCUCCUUUCCGCAGUGUACUUCCCCGGGAGUAGUGUAGAUUAUUUUAGGAUCGCCCCGGUCCUGUCCCGGCGCGGGCGAGGUCCCCGAGCUUUGUAUAAAUGCGGGCCGGCCGGCGCCAUAACUUCCUCAGCUCCUCCGCAUCGCCUAGCUCUCCUCUCUGGCAAGCUAGCGAGCUAGCCCCGCGGGCGUGCCGAGCGUCCAUCAAGAAGAUAGACGUGCGGUGCGGACGCGGUGGCCGGCCGGUUUUCUUAGCGGAGAGUGGAGGCCGACGAUGCUGCAGGCGGCCAGGUACCUGCUGGGCUCCCCGGGCGCCAGCGGGUUCGGCUCCAAGUCCACCGCCGAGGAGGUCACGGCCGCCUGCCCGGACCUCGGCUCGCUCACCGCCAUCAUCACCGGCGCCACGUCGGGGAUCGGGGCGGAGACGGCGCGGGUGCUGGCCAAGCGCGGGGCGAGGGUGGUCAUCCCGGCGCGGAGCGUCAAGGCGGCCGAGGACAUGCGCGCGCGCAUCCUGGCCGAGUGCCCCGGCGCCGACGUCCUCGUGCUGCACCUCGACCUCAGCUCGCUCGCCUCUGUGCGCGCCUUCGCCAGUCGCUUCCUCUCCCUCGGCCUACCGCUCCACCUCCUCAUCAACAACGCCGGCAAGUUCUCGCACGGCCAGCUCUCGCUGUCCGAGGAUGGCGUCGAGAUGACCUUCGCCACCAACUAUCUUGGGCAUUUCCUGCUGACGAAGCUGCUGCUCGGGAGGAUGGCGGAGACGGCGGCGGCCACGGGAGUGCAGGGCCGCAUCGUGAACGUGUCGUCCAGCGUGCACGGCUGGUUCUCCGGCGACUGGGCCGACUACCUCCAGCUCGUCACCCGCCGCAAGAUACCCUACGACGCGACGCAGGCCUACGCGGUGUCCAAGCUCGCCAACGUGCUGCACACCAAGGAGCUCGCCGCCCGCCUCCAGGAGAUGGGCGCGGACGUGACGGUGAACUGCGUGCACCCGGGCAUCGUCAGGACGCGCCUGAACCGCGACCGCGAGGGCCUCGUGACAGAUCUCGUCUUCGUGCUGCUCUCCAAGCUGCUCAAGACCAUCCCACAGGCUGCGGCGACCACGUGCUACGCGGCGGUGCACCCGAGGCUGGACGGCGUGUCCGGCCGUUACUUCGCCGACUGCAACGAGGCGCUGCCGUCGCCGGCCGCCUCAAGCCGCCGCGAGGCCGCGCGGCUCUGGCAGGCGUCGGAGGACAUGAUCUGUGCCUCAAGCAGUCAACCGGACAGGAACAUCUGAUGAGUAUCCGACUAGUUGGUGUCCAUCAACCGUGUAAACAUAUUCCUCGCUCGGUUUGUUCUGCAUCAAGCCAGGGUGUCACAUGCAUAUAUACAUAUUUUAGUAGUAGCAGUAGCCAAUUAGUGAUCGUGUUUCUGUGAGAUCCAUGUGUAUUAUACCAUAUACUAGUAGUAGACUAGAGGUUGAUUGACAUGGUGGUCGGUGUAGACUGUUGUACUCCUGUAUUUUGUCAGUGAGAUUCCGAUGUGCAUAUA